CACUAACCUCUGCCCUGCCGCCGCGAGGGAGCGCGGGAAAUCCCGAGUGCUGCUGGAAUCCCGCGGGCCGGUGGGACCAUGGCCACUUCUUCGGUGUCCAAGGGUUGUUUUGUGUUUAAGCCAAACUUCAAGAAGAGAAAGAUCUCUGUGCCAGUAGAGGACUAUUUUAAUAAAGGGAAAAAUGAGUCUGAGGACAGUAAGCUUCGAUUCGAAACUUAUCAGUUGAUAUGGCAGCAGAUGAAAUCUGAAACUGAGCAACUACAAGAAGAAUUAAAUAAAAACCUAUUCAAUAGUCUAAUUGAAUUUCUGCAACAGUCUUAUUCUGGAUUCCAUAAGAAUUCAAGAGACUGGGGCUGUCAAAUAAAACUCAGAGAAAUUCCAACUGCUGCUCUUAUUCUAGGUGUGAAUGUAACUGAUCAUGAUUUAACAUUCAGAAGUCUAACAGAAGCCCUUCAGAAUAAUGUCACUCCAUAUGUAGUCUCAUUGCAAGCUAAAGAUUGUCCAGAUAUGAAACAUUUUUUGCAAAAGCUGGUCUCAAAGUUGAUGAACUGCUGUGUAGAUGAGGAAUCCAAAGAGGAAAGUAUUCAGGUCACCCAGAAAAAGACAUUUUGUUCAAUGGAUUCUCUUUCCAGCUGGUAUAUGAGUGUCACACAGAAGACAGAUCCAAAACUGCCAAGGAAAAAGAGGACUUCGUCUAGCCAAUGGCAGUCUCCUCCUGUUGUGCUUAUCUUAAAGGAUUUGGAAAGCUUCACCACAAAAGUACUCCAGGACUUCAUAAUUAUCAGCAGUCAACAUCUACAUGAAUUUCCACUAAUACUCAUUUUUGGAAUUGCCACGUCUCCUAUUAUCAUCCAUCGGUUGCUUCCUCAUGCAGUAUCAUCUCUGUUGUGCAUAGAACUUUUCCAGUCUCUGUCCUGCAAGGAGCACCUGACUACGGUACUUGAUAAGCUACUUCUUACAACUCAGUUUCCCUUUAAACUAAGUGAAAAAGUGCUACAGAUUUUGACCAACAUCUUUUUGUAUCAUGAUUUCUCAAUUCAAAACUUUAUAAAAGGACUUCAGCUUUCUCUAUUAGAACAUUUCUACUCUCAGCCCCUCAGUGUCCUAUGCUGUAAUCUCUCGGAAGCCAAGAGAAGAAUAAAUUUUUUAUCAGAAAAUCAAUGUGAAAACAUCCGACGUCUUCCGUCAUUUAGGAGGCACGUGGAAAAGCAAGCUUCAGAAAAGCAAGUUGCACUAUUGACCAAUGAGAGAUUUUUGAAGGAGGAAAUACAAUCAUUACUAGAAAACUUACAUGUUUACCAUACAAAUUACUUCCUGGUUUUGAGAUGUCUUCAUCAGUUCACCUCUUCUCUUCCCAAGUACCCAUUGGGUCGACAGAUCAGAGAGCUGUACUGCACUUGUUUAGAAAAGAACAUAUGGGAUUCAGAGGAGUAUGCAUCAGCUUUGCAGCUGCUGAGGAUGUUGGCAAAGGAUGAACUGAUGACCAUACUUCAGAAAUGUUUCAAGGUUUUUAAGUCAUCUUCUGAAAAGCAGCUUGGGAGCACAGCAAAGAGAAUAGAGGAGUUUCUGGCCCAGUUUCAGAGUCUUGAUGCAGAAGCCAAAGAAGAAGAAGAUACUUCAGGGCUACAGUCAAAGGGGCUUCAGAAGACAGACCUUUAUCAUCUUCAGAAGUCCUUAUUGGAAAUGAAGGAAUUAAGAAGAACCAGUAAGAAGCAGACCAGGUUUGAAGCACUCAGAGAAAAAGUUGUCAACUUCAUUGACAGUCUGGUGAGAGAAUACCUUCUGCCUCCAGAGACACAGCCUCUGCACGAGGUGAUGUACUUCAGUGCCGCCCACACCCUGCGUGCGCACCUGAACGCUGCUCCCAGAAUCGCCCUCCACACUGCACUCAACAAUCCUUAUUAUUAUCUCAAGAAUGAAGCACUGAAAAGUGAAGAAGGCUGCAUUCCAAAUGUCGCCCCGGACAUCUGCAUAGCAUAUAAACUGCACCUCGAGUGUAGCAGGCUAAUCAACCUUGUGGACUGGUCAGAGGCUUUUGCAACAGUUGUGACAGCUGCUGAAAAAAUGGAUGCAAAUUCUAUAACCUCAGAAGAAAGGAAUGAAAUUAUCCACCUCCAGUGCUCGAUUUAUUAGAGCUGUUUCCGAACUAGAACUUUUAGGAUUUAUAAAACCUACCAAACAGAAGACUGACCAUGUGGCAAGGCUAACAUGGGGAGGCUGCUAGAAAGCAAAAAGGACACCAGUCAUAUUUAUAAACCACCAUGAGACUGUUGGCGAGAAAUGUAUAAUCCUUGUGUGAUGCUUCACCACAAAUAGACUGCUCACCCCAAACAGGAACAUAUCAGAAUACCUUUGGAGUACUUUAGAAUCCAACAAAUGAUAUGCUUACAUUUUAACUAAAACCUCUCGCACAUUAUCACUGCAGUUUUCAGUCAUUUCUAAAUUAUAAAUGUUCUUGAGCACACAUAGUUUAUAAAUGUAAUAAAUUCCUUUAUCCAGGAGUAUAAAUUCUUUGCAGUUUGUUUAAUAGUACUCAUUACUGCUCCCUCAGUUUCUUGAACUGGCAUUCCUCCCUUUAGUAAAUUGUGUAGUAAGUAAAAUGAAUAUUCUACAGGUUUAUUUCUCCUAGUGACUAGAGGUUCUAAAACUGCCUCUGCUGCCCCAUUUCCUUUAGUCUGAAAAAAAUUUUAAAUCCCAAGCUCUUUGGCUUUAUGCUUAAAUACAGUAAAUAUUCUACUUUAGAAUGACCCAUCAUGGAGUUGUAGAGCCUGUAAGAUCUUUACAAAUCACAUCUCAAUCUUAGGAUAUCCAACUGAGGAAAGUAAAGUCCAAAUAGAAUGACAUCUGGAUCUCUUCCAUAACAAGAACUCAAGACAGUGAAACAAAGCUACCCCGAGUUCAUUAUUUAAUGUUCUACUCCCAUGAGAGUUCUGGGACAUAUCUUUAAGAGUAUUCACUUACCAAAAUUACCAUGAAGAUAUGACCACAAGGGGGAAAAAAAUCAAAUUCAGUAGAAAUUUGCUUGUUUCACAAACCUUAGUACGAACUAUGUAAUUAUAGGCCUUUUUUGUGUGUGCUGAAGUCAACUUGAAUGUAGAAGUAAUUAAAUUUUAACAUAAAGACUUUUUUUUAAUGUUAUUUGAGGGAGAGCACACACGUGCACACAAGCGGGGAGAGGGGCACAGAGAGGGAGAAUCCUAAGCAGGCUGCGUGCUGUCAGCAAGGCUGAUGUGGGGCUCCAUCUCCUGAAGCAGGAGAUCAUGACCUGAGCUAAAAUCAAGAGUCGGACACUUAACUGACUGAGCCACCCAGGUGUCCCUAAUAUAAAGAAAUUUAAUGGAUAGCUUAAACCUCAAUCCUGGAGUGUGUAAAGACAUGUCAUAUAGUAUAGAGUAUCUUUGUCCUCUCAACAUGAUGGGCUGAAAUGACAUUAUUGGGUAACUGCUCCCUUCCCCCUCUUUCUGCUCCAAAAACAAAAAUGUUAGAUGCACUAGAUCUCAAAAACAAAUUGUCAAAAUGUUGCCAGGCUCUAAAACAAAGGGAAAUCCCAAGGUACCAGAAAUAAAAUAAAAUCAAAUGCAUGCCAGAACAGAAAACAUUUAGCCCUGUAGAGCUAUUAGAAAGACAAUUAUCAGAGUAGCAUUACUCUGAGGUAAAUGUCUUCUCAUCAUCUUAAAGAUGCCAGGAUUCCUCAUGGAGUGGUAAACACAUGUACCUAUGUGCACAAAGAGCUAUCAACGUGGAAAUUAAGGAAUUUGUGAUAUGCAGACACAAACAGCACCACCAUAAGGAAGAACUGGACACAUAGAGGCAUUUGACACUUUGGAAUCCAUAAAGGCAGAGCCUCUGUCAAAUGCAUAUGAUUAGAGCAAAGAAUAAAUUCCUAUUCUGUGAAGUCUCCGUGACUUACCUUCACAGCAACUAGCUCAGUAUUUUUUUUUCAUUCCCCUCCAGUCAAAUGUGCCUUCACCAUGUGUUUCAUUUUUGGUAACAGUUGGUAAAAUCUAAGGAAGGGGAAUGUAUGGAUAAUUUUGAGGAUUUUCCACCUAUUGCCUAUUUAAGCGAAGCAGUUGACAAUGGGAAAAGUUUUCCAAUAUCCCAUGUCUUGUUAAGAUGAAGACACCAUCAAUAUCUACAGUGUGAUUUCCUCCAGCUUUCAAAUGGUGCCAGUGAGCACCAGAGAAAAUUGUUUAGAAAUUAUGAAUUUCAAGGACACUCAGAGCAAAUUGCUUAUUAUACUGUAAGGUACAGAGGAACUGGCCUCAUACAGACAGGCUUACCUCUGAGGCACCCUGAGAAGUCGUAGCCCUGCUUUCGUUUUUCUUUUGUUGGGCAUUUAGUUGAAUUCAUGCUACCUGAAUGCGUAUCAUGCACUGAACCACUUUUCUUAUUACCUACUUUAAAGAAUAGGUCAGAGUAGCAAGACGGAAACUGUUGUUUUUAUAGUGAAUAUCCAAAAAAGCUAUGAAAUUAAAGCUCAUGAAGCUCAUUAGUGGGAUUUCUGAAGCAUUAAGUGUCACCUCAGUUCUGCGUCCAUUUCUUAAUAUAGUAAAACCAAAAUACCAAAAUGGGAUAUUCUGAUUCAUUACAUCUUUGUUCAAUGAAAUACUACUCUGCAAACCCUGUAGUAGUUUGAAAUUCAUUAAAAAACUGUUUACUGAGUACAUACCAUACUCUAGGCACUGUUCCAGGCACUGUGAUACUUCACUGAACAAAGAUCUUUGCCCUCACUGCCCUCUAACAGAAGAACAGAUAAUUAUAUAGUUAUGUGUUACAGAAAAAAAAGAAAACAACAAAACCAGGAUAUCAAGCUGCAAUUUUAAAUAGUAGUCACGGCAGGUCUGAGAGGAGUUUUUGAACAAGUUGGUAAAAGAUUCACCCCUGAAGUUUUAUAGACGUGCACUGUUGGCAGAGAACAGCAGGAGUAUACAAACUACAUGGGAGGAUCAGGAGGCAGCCAAUGUGAGAUAGGCAGGGUGAGCAGGCAAGAGACCAGAAUUAAGGAAGGUGGGGUAGAAUGCAUGUAAUUUAGGGCCCUGUAGACCACUGUAAAAGUCUUUGACUUUUACUUAGGGUAGGAAGCCAUCUAAGUAAAAGAUUUAGAUCUUUAAAUGAUCACUGUGACUGCUAUAGGAGACUGGGAGAGGUGGUAAGGAGACACAGAUGAAGCAAAACAAAAACCACAAGACCACAAUUGGGCAAUCACUGACUAAGGAAGAGAUGGUGAGACUGGAGACGGAACCAAGACUACUAGAUGGACUGUUUUUUGGCUGAGAAACUAGAAUAGAGAUGCCAUUAACUGACUGGGAAUGAUGAUUUGGAGGAAAAGUUUGAGAGGCAAAAAUAAGGAGUUUGGUUUUAGACAUAAGUUUUGAGACCUCUAUUAAACAUCCAAGUGGAAAUGCCUCCAUAGACUAAGAAUAUAAUAUUUUUUAACAUAAUUUCCUACUUCUAUCAAGGCAAAUAAGUUUCUUUAAAGUUUAUUUUGAGGGAGAGGGAGAGAGUGUGAGCAGAGGAAGGGCAGAGAGAGAGGGAGAGAGAAUCCCAAGCAAGCUCUGCACUUGUGAUGUGGGGCUCAGACUCACGAACUGUGAGAUCAUGACCUGAGCCAAAACUAAGAGAUGCUUAACUGUCUGGGCUACCUAGGAAUGCAAGAGGUUAAUACAAUCUUAUGUCUUUAGGAUUAGAUGUGGUCACCAAUCUGAGUAUGAACAGAGGUGGCAAGGAGCCCAAGGUUAAAUCCUGGGGCAUAUGUAUGUUUUAACAUUUAGAAAGAUGAAGACUGAGCCAGCAGGGAACAAGAAAAAAGUUAUGUAGAACCAACUGAAACACUUUUCAAGGUCAAAUGUUGAUUAGAUUUAGCACUGUGGAAAUCACUGGUAGUUUAAAUAGAGUAGUGGAGAAAAGUCUGACAGGCAUCCUGUAUCAAAUGACCUAACAAAAUGUCCAAACUUAUCACUAGUCCUGGGAAAGCCAGCCAUACAUUGUGUGAUGUAACAUGAACACUACAGCAGCAUCUUGUAUUAAAUAAAAACUUCAGGGACGCCAGAGUAGCUCAAUUGGUUAAGCUUCCAGUUCAUGGUUUCACUCAGGUCAUGAUCUCACAGUUCAUGGGUUCAAGCUCUGUGUCGGGAUCCAUGCAGCCAGUGUGGAGUCUGCUUGGGAUUCCGUUCCCUCUCUCUCUGCCCCCUCUCCCCCUCCCCCUCCCUAAAUAAACUUUAAUUACUUUAGACCUAGCGUCCAGUUUACAGUUCAAAGUGAUACAAAAGGUUAAAUUAAAUGACACUAUGAAGAAAGUCAAGAAGACAACAGGUCUAGUUGUUCCAGAAAGUCACAAUCUUGAUUUAAUCCUGCUUUAGGGAGAAAAAAAAGCUGCAAACGAUCUUUGGGGAACUAAUGGGAAAAUCUAACUAUGGCCCGCGUGUUAAAUUAGGGAAGUAUUUUAAGUAGAACAAUGGGAUUAAAGUUCUGUAUAGAAGAACCAUCUUAUUCUUAGGAGAUAAAUCAUGUAUGUGUUCUUUGAAAGUUAAAAACACACAUAUGAAAGAACUAUGACAAGGUUAUUUUUCACAUUAAGUUGGUCACUUUCUAUGAAAUUUUCCUAAUAGAAGUUGGUGAAAAGGGAGUAAAACUAGAAAACUCUUGACUUUUGCUGUAAAGGUGGUAGCAGAAAAAAGGGUAAUAGCUGGAAGAAGGAUCACAGGAUCACGAUUUUUCUUUUAAUGUUUAUUUUUGAGAGAGAGCUGGUGCCAGCAUGAGCAGGGGAAGGGCAGAAAGAGAGAGAGAAAGAAUUCCAAACAGGCUCUGAGCUGUCAGCUCAGAGCCCGAUGUGGGGUUUGAACUCACAAACCAUGAGAUCAUGAUCUGAGCUGAAACCAAGAGUUGAGGCUUAAGUGAGCCACCCAGGCACCCUCAUUUUUUUUAAUAGCAUAUUUUGUGUGCUUUUGGGAAUGAUCUAGUAGAAAAUGGAUGCAGUAAUAGAGAAGACUCAUCUUUCGGUGAGACAGGUAUUUGGAUCUAAUGCUCCUUACCUAAGGCAAGCACAGGAGCAGAGCAUUGGAAAGCCUUGUCUAGCAACAGGCAAGGGACAAGCUAUUAGGUGCUUUAGAAGAUUUGCUUGUUAACACCAAUUACUGUAUAUAGCAACCUAAGUACAGCACAUACCAGUACUGCCUUUUAAUAAAAGAAUGACUGUUAGCACAUAUAAUUCUGUAACUAUCUGUUAAAAAGCAAUUUCAGGGAUCUCUGGGAAUUCAGAAUCCCUAGGUAGCUAUUACGAUCUUUCUUACUAAGAUCAAGUAUGGUUGGUAUUUGGACUAGAGUAAUCAACUACUGGAUCCAUCUAAUUAUAAGUAAAUCCAAGAAGUUGCUUACAUUUUUUAUUUUCUGGCAUUACCUCACACAUUACUUAAAAUCAGCAAGUAGCCCAUAAGCUAGAACUUUUUGGUAAGGUAAUAAGCAGAAAUUUGGCUGUGGAAGAAAUUUUAUUCUUGAUCCAACUUGAAUGUAGAAUUAAAACUGUUACUACUUGUGGCUCCAUUCAGACUGCCAGUACUGAUUUUCCUUUUAGUAGAUCUUGCCUUCCAAGUUAAACCAGCUUUUAUAAAUUUAAUUCUGUGUGAAAACUCACACAUGCUUACUUUGUUAAGAGUGUUUAUCCUUUUGCCCUUACUGGGGUUAAAAAGGGAUAAAAUCCACUCUACUCCCACUCCCCCUCUGUAUUCCAACUUACUGUCUACAUUCUCCUAGAAACGCCCACAUACCUACCAGUGGUUCUCAGCUGGGGACUGUUUCUUUCCCUAGUCCCCAACAUGUGGCAAUAUAUCUGGAAGUACAUUUUUGGUUCUUUCAGGUUGGGGGUUGGGGGUGUGCUACUGGCAUCUAGUGGCAGAGGCCAGAGAUGGCCUAAACAUCCUGUGACAUGUAUGACUCCCACAACAGAGUGAUCUGGCCCAAACUGUCAGUAGUGCUGAGUUUGACAAUCUCAUUAGGUCAUUAAAACUAGGUAGCUAUUAAAACUAGGUGGCCAUAAAUUAGGUGGAUAAUUUAUGGCCACCCUGUGCUAUACCAAUGCUUCUCAACCAUUUAACGGGCAUAUGAAUUAUCUGAGGAUCUUGUGAAAGCCCUUAAGCCCUGGCCUUGUUUAAACAAAAAAUUGACGAGUUAUAAUCACCAAAAUUAAAAAGGGAAAAAAAAAACCAAAAAACUUCUCUUUGACUAAUUAGGUCAAUUAUAAAUAUAUAUGCCCCAGUACAUUUAUGAUUGGUUUAAUUAGUGGAAAUAUGCUAAAAGAAUUCAACAAAAGAAAUCACUGAGCAUUUUUUGCUCACUUCAUUACAGCAAAGCUAUGUUUGGAAAGGGAGUUAAAUGUGAUGAAUCAUGUUUUCAUCUAUCAUCCUUUAAAAAAAAAAACUUGGAUUCUACUCUUAUCUUGGAGGUAAAAAUUCUACAGCUGUUAAAACUGAUUAUAUAACAUUCUAGCAUGCAGUCAGUUAUAAGCAACUUGGAAUCAGAACUCAGUUUUUGAAAACAGCACUCAAAUCUGAGAUUAUUUGGUGUAUGAAAAGAUUUUUAAAUCUUAUUGGAAAAUUAAUUUCAUUGAUUCCUGAAAAAUGCUUACAUUUAAAACACUGGCUUUAUUCAAGUACUACCCAUCUGUACAUUAAAGCAGGUUAGAAGUAAAUGUUUUAUUCUUCCAACUAAAUUCCAGUACUACAAGGGCAGUAAAACGACGACACACUGGGGAAAAAAAUGCAGCAAUAAACAUUUGUUAAAACGAUUGAUAGAAUAAAUAAAAACUACCAAAUUAAAAAAAAAAAAAGAAGAAGAAGAAAGAAAACUUAAGAAAAGAAAAAUCCAUUCUGAAACCCCAAGAAGUCCUGGAAUACAGAAAUGCCCUCCCUCCUUCAAUAAUAAUGUCCUGGGAUUACAUUCUAGAUUAUUAAUAACUGGUUACAGUUUGGUUGUAGUGCACAAUUAAAAUCACACUAACUUCAUCUGAAGUGUCAUUCUACAGUUUUAUUUACACAACCAGUGAAGGGCAUGUUCUUAGAAUACCAGCUUUAAUCCUUUUCAAACAUAUUAAUAUAAGAAGCCAAAUUGUAAUGAUACAGCAAAGGAGGCCACUGGCAUUAAUACAGGUAGCAAAGGUCCACAUCCAGAUGGUACUGACAUCAGGGAAAUAUCCGAAACCAGUUGCUGCCUAAGAGUGGUUGCCACUGACGAAAGCUUGAAAUAACCUGUAUUCACAGGGGGGUAUUGGCAUUGCUGCAUGUCAUAAUUAGGACCUCUUGCAACAACUCAACAAGGAACAAGGCAGCCCACAAAUGCAGAAAACGUGAUUCAUGAAACAUCUAAAAGGGGAGGAAAAGGAAAAUUAGUGCAAAGUCCAGGUCAAAAUUCAAAGACAUUCCAGAUCUUCAUCCCCAACAUCGUCCUAGGUAUUUAAAUAACCAACAAGUAAGCCUUAAUAAAGUUUUGCCUAUUUCCUCCAGCCUUUUUUGCUCCAUGAUUUUGUUAAAUUCUCUUCUUGAGAAUGUAGAUAAUUGUAAUAAAUGUCUUAAGAAAUUAUCUUGUUUUUAGUUCAAAGAUGAAAUACUUACAACUAGCAGGCUGUUCUCCAUAUCGUCGCAUUAUUUGAUCAUGCGUAAACUUCACAAAUGCAUCAUAUUGUUCUAUAAAUAAAGAUAUAUAUAAAUUACA